AUGGCAGCCUUCCGUUUCCACACAGAUCGAAAAAGAACCAAAGCUACUAUACAUAUAUACCUACGCAAUACAAGCUCGUAUCGACCACUGCUUUGGGCCCUGCUGACCAAUAUCCCUAUGCAGACAAAUCAGGAAACACAGACCGCUCCCACUCCCCCCCACCAGCUGCUGUUCAACGGCCAGCCCAUUCCUGCGAAUCUCGCAGAGCCAGAAACUUGCUUCGCGUAUAUCAAAGCCAAGAUAAUCGAUUGUCUGCUCUUAGAGGUGCAUGGGCAGCGUGACCGUUUCGCCGUCGACGCAUACGCCCAGAUCGGCAGCCAAGACCAAGUGCAGACCGUGGUGCGUCGCUUACUCGUAAAGCUCGCCGAGAAAAAACAACCCGUGCUGAUGUACUCGUAUGGGAAGCAUGUUCAAAGAUUACUGAGCACAGUGGAAACGCUAAAGAAACAGCUGUGUGAUCGGGAGUUUCCCUUUGAACAGUUUAAUCAUAUGAGUUGUUUUGUGCAUGUGCGUGUGGGGAGGAACGAAUUACUAGAACAGAGGAUUAAUAUUCCGGUGCUUGUUGUAGUGAUUGCGCCUGAGGGAGAGUUUUUUAGUAUGUCUAAUUUCCAGAAGCAAUGA